UUCUGAAAUGUCCUGUUGUGUCUGUCAACUCUCACCAAAGACCCCCACCCGGCCCAGCCCUUGCCCACUCCCAGGCUCCCAGGACAGUCACACACUUGGCCUCUGUGAAUACGCAGUGGCCUGCCUGGGGGAUGGGGGUAUGUACAAUCUGAGGACACACUGGAAUAUUCAGUAAUGUGCUCCGUGGAAGCAGACCCAGCUGGAGGAGCAGCCUACCCCACAAAGGACCCCUCAGGAAUGAAGCAGCUUUUCAGGUUCAGAGGCGCUGUGGACUCUCCUGCUCUCCUUAAAUAGUCAAGCCUUCCUCCUACAGCUGCGAGGAGUCCACCUGGAGCACCACCUGGAGCACCACCCACCACCAGCUCACAGCUUACCUGCUUCCCCCAGUCUCCUAUCCUUACCUUCCUGGGUCAUCUGCAAGAGCCACAGGAUGGCUGGUCUGGAGGCAGCCCUACCAAGUCUGACCGACAACUCCUCCCUGGCUUACUCAGAGGACUGCGGACAAGAGACUCCCCUGGAGAAUAUGCUCUUCGCCUGCUUCUACCUUCUAGACUUCAUCCUAGCCUUUGUGGGAAAUGCCCUAGCCCUGUGGCUUUUCAUCUGGGACCACAAGUCAGGCACUCCAGCCAACGUGUUUCUGAUGCACCUGGCUGUGGCCGACUUGUCCUGCGUGCUGGUCCUGCCUACCCGGUUGGUUUAUCACUUCUCUGGGAAUCACUGGCCAUUUGGGGAAAUCCCAUGCCGACUCACUGGCUUCCUCUUCUACCUGAAUAUGUACGCCAGCAUCUACUUCCUCACCUGCAUCAGCGCUGACCGGUUCCUGGCCAUUGUGCACCCGGUCAAGUCCCUCAAGCUUCGAAGACCUCUCUAUGCCCACCUGGCCUGCGCCUUCCUGUGGAUCGUGGUGGCCGUGGCUAUGGCCCCACUGUUAGUCAGCCCACAGACUGUGCAGACCAACCACACAGUAGUCUGCCUGCAGCUGUACCGGGAGAAGGCCUCCCAUCAUGCCCUGGCAUCCUUGGCUGUAGCUUUUACCUUCCCGUUCAUCACCACAGUCACCUGCUACCUGCUGAUCAUUCGCAGCCUGCGCCAGGGCCCCCGUAUAGAGAAACACCUCAAGAACAAAGCCGUCCGCAUGAUUGCUAUGGUUCUGGCCAUCUUCCUGAUCUGCUUUGUGCCCUACCACAUCCAUCGCUCAGUCUACGUGCUUCACUACCGUGGUGGUGGGACGUCAUGCACCGCUCAGCGAGCCCUGGCCCUGGGGAACCGGAUCACCUCCUGCCUCACCAGCCUCAACGGGGCCCUGGAUCCUGUCAUGUACUUCUUUGUGGCUGAGAAGUUCCGCCAUGCCUUAUGCAACUUGCUCUGCAGCAAACGGCUCACGGGUCCACCUCCCAGCUUCGAAGGGAAAACCAACGAGAGCUCCCUGAGUGCCCGAUCCGAGCUGUGAGCCUCGGGGAGUUCCUGUCACCAGGCCAGCUGGAGACUGUUGCAGGAAGACCAGCUACCAACUGGCACAUGCUACCAGAGCCAGCUAAAGAAGUCUAUCUUCCCCAACUAUUCCUGAGCAAACAGACGGAAACGUCAGGAGUUCUCACCCUGCUCCAAGGCCUCAACUGCAAGGCCAUCCAGUCUGAGCAAAUCCAUCAAGAGGGAGGGCUAACUACAGGGAUGCCCUGCCCACCCCUCCACAGGACUGGGUUGGCCUGGCUUCUGUACAGCUCCCAGACACUCAGUGACUUCACUGGUGCUAAAUUGGGAAGAGAGCCACAGGGACAUUUCUGGAACAAUGGGAAUCUUUCUUCUCUACUCAAUUUCUAGCCUCUUUCAUACUACAGAUGCCCACAGAAACAAAGCCCUACAGAAUAGCCCAGAAAGCAAGCUGCCCAAGGCCCAGGAGAAGAGGCGGCACAAAUGUCAAUGGAACUAGAUGGAUGUUUAAUAUUUCCUUUGAAGUGUAUGGUAUAUCGAAUAUAUGCUUAAGGUACCUUUGCCCCAUGAUCUCUGUCUGGGUUUAGGGGACACAGACUCUAGUGAUAGCCAUAUGUGAGUAUAUUUCAGACUGGCUGCUUGUGAACCCAGCAAAUACAGUUCUGGACUCUGUCCCUCCUGUUGACAGAGGGCGCAAGACCCAGACAGGAAGGACAGUCUCGUGAGAAGCUGGAGAGUCUCUGGAAGUAGGCACACCAUGUCCUCACACCUGCCUCAAGCAGGCACUGUCCAGAGCUUCUCAGUAGAAUGUGGCCUAGUCAGGCAUAUGGCAUGGACAGCCAUCAGAGCCCACUGCAGGCAGGGAGCCUGAUGUAUGGUCUUGUCUCCAGCUCCACCCAGAAGGGACGUCCUGAGCCCCACUCCCUCCUAAGAGGCUUCUGCCACUCUGACUGCCUGGCUCUGAGCUGUUGAACUUGUCAGUGUGUGGUGACCACUCUUAACGUGUCCCUUUUUUGUACUUGUUUGUAAUUCUUUUGACCCCAAAGGGUCGUGGCCCAUAGGUUGAGAAAUUGGUCCAAAUUCUUUGUCAGACUGCCCAAGGUUAUUGUCUCAUAGGAUAGGAAGUCUUUAGUUUAGCUACGUCCCUGAUUUAGUUUUUAUUUUAAGUUAAAAAUUCCUUAGUUUUUCAUUCCUGGUACCAUUACCAUAAUUUACAGGGCAAUAUACCUGAUAUAAACAUAACUGAGUCUUAAGAUGGAGGAAAUCAUCAUGCUGGUUCAACAUGACACACGAUAGAUAUCCCUCCCCUGAAAUUCUCACCCCUUCCACCCAAGAAUGACUGAGUAGGGCAACACCUCCCUUGUGGUUCUGGUAGCCUUGUAGCAUGCCUGCCCAGGCAGACCUGAAGCUAUGCAAGCAUGCAGUUCUAAGUGCCAUUCUAGGUUAAGGGGGCUCUCAAACGUACCCCCAGCUGCACCUUGCCUUUCACUAGAGAAACCCUAAGAUGGCCCUGAUGCUCAGCACUGUUCUUAUCCAGGGCCAGUCUGUCCACCCCCAUGGACCCUCACCAAGACAACCUGCCGAAGGCAAGACCGUGCCAGCCAGGACCAGCACGAGGCCAUGUGCCUCUUCGAUGGAAGAGCAAAGGGAGAAGAUCACCACAGGCUGUGACAGGAGGGAUAGAGGGGGCAAAGACCCAGACAGGAAGGACAGUCUCGUGGGAGACUGGAGGGUCUCUGGAAGUCAGCACUGCCUUUCCUGGCACAGGGAAUGCAAAAGCAGACAUGGGUCAGAGGAGGAGAAGUUUGCAGCUCUUUGGGGGACUUGUUGUGUUAGAAUUUCAAAUGGAGAUGCCACACCGGUAGGAGACUUGAGCAAAGGGAACAUCUGCAGUGGAUCCCUGGAUGGUCCAGAGGUGCCAUUAAGAGGCCCAAGAUGUCAUCUUCAAAGGUAGACAUGGACGUGGGCCUAAAGAGCACCUCUGUGCUGAGAGAGAGGCUGAGGCACAACACAGAAAUCUCACUGAGAGUGGAUGUGAGGGCCCGGUUGUGAGCGUGCUCGGAGGUCAAGGCUUGGCCCAAGUCAUAGAGAAGUUGUGCUGGGGAGGGCUUUGGGGCACAAAGGUGUUGCUGGGUGCUCCCCCAAAGCUUUCCCAAGUGGGUGGGAGAUAAGCUCAUAGCUACUGGGAAGGUGUAGAGCCCAUAGUGAGGGAGGCAGGGGUGAGAAGAAAGAGUGAGGCCUCCUGGAAGGGGAACUGGCAGAGUACCAGUGAGGCUUACAGUCCUGAAUUUGGAGUAAAUUGGGCAACCUGGUCCAGCCGCGUGAGUUCAGGGAGGAAGGCAGGACAGAUGGAAUUAGCAGGGUGUGGUAGCGGUAGGUGGGGUGUCAGGGGUAAUUGGGAUUUGUCAGCUUAAAAUUCCUCAUCCAUCCAUUGCUACUCAAUGCCCUCAAGUCUGGUGUCCCCAAAGGACCCACCCCUUGCCCAGAGAGAGCUCCGUCUGUGCUUACUCUCCUGCUUCCAUCUUUAUCCAUACACUGGGGGCUGUGUUCUCCCUCUAGCAGGGGUAGGAGAGGGCCCACAUCCAGAUCAGCAGAGGAUGCCACAGAGCCUACUAGGCAAGACCGCAGCACUUAGAGUGGGGACAAGAGGUCCUCCUCUCUGUCCACGACUGCAGCGGGCUCACCUGCCGGCGUUCUUCACAAAGCCCAGGUCAGCCAGCUCCACGUCACACAGCUCACAGCGGAAGCAACCCGGAUGCCAGUUGGCGUUCAUGGCCUUGAUCACUCGGCCAAUGACAAACUCACCUGGAAGAGGAGAGACCUUAGCUGUCACGGCGCUCUCCCCACCCUUCAGCACCUUCCACGUCCUAUGUACCCAGUGUUCUUCCCUGUUCAGCCUUGUCCAAGCACCCCUCGUUUAGGGGCCUGAAGACAAUGCUCAGGAAGACAGGAAAAGUCCCCAGGAGAAGGGAUGCCAGUACUCCCUGUUACCCCACUGGUCCCCUUCCCGCUUGCUAAGUGCUGUCACCAGCUCUUACCACAGAAUCCGCAGCAUGGAGCAAACAGCAUUUGGAAGUCAUGUUCGCAGUACUUCCGGCCCUCAAACUGCAAAUGGGGGGGGCACAGAAGAAAGACAUGCAAGUCAUUCUGCAUCUCUACAAGCCUUUGCUCCCUAACAAGUAGCAGUGGUCUGGGGUCCUGAGAAGGGAAGCUUCAAAAGCUAGCUGGAGCAGGGGGCUAGCCCAUGUGGUUUAGCAGAGUGCCAAGUGGGGGUUUCAGAGAUACUGAUGGUCCGAGGCCAGCUCGUGGGGAUUCUGUGUCUGCUGAGGGAGAGGGGACCUGUGGGUCCUGACCACAGGCCAAGCUGAGGUGGGAGCCGGGGCUGGGAAAGGAUGGGUCAAACUUUGAGUUAUCUGUGCUACUUUGUCCUCCAUGUCUGACCAGCUCAGUUCCUCCAGAGACUACAAAAGACCCAAAGAGGAAAGAUGGAGGAAAGAAUUCCCCAGGGAGGGCCUGGGGAAUUGGGGGUGACAAAGAAAAAGCACAGCAGUGCUUCAGUCAGCCACUGUCCUGUAUUGUCCUCAAGAAAUGACCAAAGCUUGCCUUGCCUUUCUCUCCCUGUAAUAAUUUGCUUUCUUACAAAAAAUGUGGGACUGGGGAUGUAGCUCAGUUUAUAGAGUACUUGCCUACCAUGCACAGAGGUCUGGGUUCGGUUUACAGAACUGUAUAAAAUGGGCUACCAUAGUGCACUUCUGUCAUCUCAGCUCUGGGGGAUGGGAGCAGGACGCACUGGAAGCUCAAAGUCAUCUUUGAUAACUUCCUUCCCCUAAAGUCACAUGUGGCUCUCCGCUGUGAGCCAGAGGGGAGGCAGAGGCUUAAGCUGGCUCAGCAGCAAAUCUCCCAAACAACCUACUGUGCUAGGUAGGCUUGGCUGUGGUCUAAAAGCCCUCACAGAGCUCCGCCCAGCCCUCGGAUGCCUCUCCGAUCAGCAUCUCUCUGGAGCCUGGAAGGUGACAGGAGAUCCUCAUCUGACUCCACAUCCCCAUCAGUCAAAUCAGUGAUGCCAACAGCUCACAGGAGAGCACAACCCCCUCGAGCUCUGGUCCCUGUCCACUGUAGCACAGCGGAGUGACAGCCAGUGUUUAACCAGCUCUGGGGGAGGUAACAGAGGCCUUGCCUCUGGGUCUGCUAGAUGUGGUGGUGAAAAUCUUACUGUCAGACUGAUGUCGCCACACAGACAAAAAUAAUCUCUGAUGCAUAAACCUGAAGGUCUAACAAAUAACGGAAAGUCGAAUAUCUUAUUACUUGUUAUCAUCAUUUUCAAUAAAGUACUAUAUUGAUGUACAUUGACA